GAAAUAUUUCGAUAUAUUCAAGGUAAUCACCUUUAAUAUUUUAAUUUUCUCGAUGCAAAACUUCUCAUUAGAAAUUGAAUGUCUAUUAAAGAAACUCGUAAAAAACCAAAUGUCAAUUGCAACCAUAAUAGGUUAGAUGAUGUGGCAAAAUCUAGAAGGUUAAACAAGAAGUUAGAACUUUUGGAAAAUGACAAUUUCCAAGAAGAUCCACAUGCUAAUGUAAUCAUAAAUAAAAAAGCUCCUAGAUUUGAUGAAACUAGCUCUAAAAGCAAGAAAAAGCGCAAAACAAAAAAUGACUGGAGGAGAGAAAAAUAUAAAAAAAGCUUAGCAGUAUUAUUGGAAGAACAAGUUGAUCCUAGCAAAAAUCCAAAUUAUUAUUCAAUUAAAGCAAAACCCCCUAAACUUCCACCAAGACAUUUUUGUUCAGUGUGUGGAAAUUUUUCAAAUUAUACAUGUAUACAAUGUGAAUUAAGAUACUGCUCAAUUAAAUGCCAGCAUGUUCAUAAAGAUACUAGAUGCUUAAAAUGGAUAGCUUAAUUUGGAAUGCUUUAAUCAAUUUUGUUAUUUUUUUUUCUUCAUAAAAUAAUAUAUUUGUAAUAAUAUUCAUGUCAUUUAUAUAGAAAUUAUUUGUUUCUUGAUAAAUAUUAUAAAUAAAAUACAUUAAACUUUUAUCAAA